CUGGGGCUGAGCGUGAAGCUACCGGGCAGCAUGUUGGAGACCUGUGGAAACCAAUCCAAAGGAAGGGUCGCGAAGGUUCUUGGCUUUUUUCGCAGGGCUUGGGCAGCGAAGCUGAAGCAGAGCUGCGCCGAGCUUUCUCCGGUCUUGACGAAGGUCAUCCGAGAGUACGAGGAAUCUCCAGGAGGUGGGUCAAAGGGGAUCUUCUUCCCGGGUGCAGGGCCUCGUAAAGAGGACGCGAAGGCAGCCAGGGAGCUCUUUUACGAAAACGGAGCGGAAGAGGGGGAAGGGGGAGAGGGGCUAGACGACGCGGAAGUCGUGGUCAGCGAGCAUGAGGAGCCUUUGGGGGUGCAGGAAAUUGCCAUAAUUGGAACCGCGGAAAAAAGUGGUCACGCAUGUGCAUACAAGGGGCGCGCCCAGCUCGCUUGCCUCUUUCUCCAGCAUAAAGAGGGCGCGGCCUCGCUAACAGGGGCUGGCCUCUCGGCUUCCUUGGUGCGUGGCUCGUUUCUGCAAACCAGGCUGGGGGAUCUCUUCCUGCUUGGCCUCUUAUGCGUUAUGCUGGCUGCCUAUUUUCUGGCGUUCGCGUUUAAGGCCAUAUCGCUUGCGGAUCAGAAGGCUGAUUUGUGUUUCAUAGCUCGGCGCAGUGCUACCUGGACGGUGAAUUCUGUGCGGGCCUUUUAUUUCAACCGAGUCCAAGUGACGGAUGAAUAUCUGGAUCAAAAGCAUCGCGAAGAUUGUAAUAAGUAUAAGCGUUUGUGUGAGGGGUCCCCCGCCCCGGGGGGGUGUCCCAGUCCCUAG